AUGUCAGGAAAUAAAAAUAACAAUUACUUAACGGCUGAGUAUUUAACAACUAGGCGUGCUUAUAAUGAAACUAAAAAAGCUUAUAUUGAGAGGAUUAGUCAAAAUAAAAUAAUAAACUUCAUCCCUUGGAAUGAGAUCGAUGAAAAAAUAGAAUUUGUUGAUUCUGGAGGUUCUGGGAUUAUUACAAAGGCGACAUGGAUAAAAAAGAAUAUUACUGUUGUUUUAAAGACAGUGGCGGUUGCUGAAGAAACAGAUUCAGAUAAUGAUGAAUUUAUUAAAGAGCAGAUUAAGGCUUUUCAUAACAUUGGACUAAUGCUUUCAAAUAAAAUAAAUGAAGAAAAUAAAGAAAAAACAUCUCUCGUAGGAUAUGAAAAUGUAAUCAAAUUUUUCGGUGUCUCGAGCGAAGAAUCCGAUCUUUAUCUGAUACUCGAGUACGCAGACCGUGGUAAUUUGCGUCAUUACUUGAAUAAAAAUACUAUAAAUUGGGAACAAAAG